GAAGAGAAGAAAGAGGAGAAUGGAAUCUAACUUGAAUCAAGAUGGAGUGCCUAGACCAUCCUAUGUUUUCAGUGCUGAUCCUGUUGAAAGGCCUUCAGAAAUAAAUUUUGAUGGCAUCAAACUUGAUCUUUCUCAUGAAUUUUCCUUAGUUUCUUCAAACGCUGAGGCAAAAAGUUUGGAGUCCAAAGAUUAUCUCCAAGUUUGUCUUCGAAUAAGACCUUUUACACAAGCAGAAAAAGAACACGAGUCUGAGGGCUGUGUGCAUGUUGUAGAUACACAGACUGUUCUGCUGAAAGAUCCUCAAGUCAUUCUUUGCCGGUUAAGUGAGAAAAGCUCUGGGCAGAUGGCACAGAAAUUCACUUUUUCCAGAGUUUUUGGCCCAGAAACUUCACAGAAAGAAUUCUUUCAGGGUUGCAUUUUGCAGCCAGUAAAAGACCUCUUGAAUGGACAGAGUCGGCUGAUUUUUACUUAUGGGCUAACCAAUUCAGGAAAGACAUACACAUUUCAAGGUACAGAAGAAAAUAUUGGCAUUCUGCCUCGAACUUUGAAUGUAUUACUUGAUACUCUUCAAAAAAGACUAUACACAAAGAUGAACCUUAAGCCACAUAGAUCUAGAGAAUUCUUACGGUUAUCACCGGACCAAGAGAAAGAAGAAGGUGCUGGCAAAAAUGCAUUACUUCGACAAAUUAAAGAGGUUGCUAUGCAUAAUGAGAGUUAUGAUACUCUUCAUGGAAGUUUAACAAACUUUUAUGACUUGUUUGUCCCUGUAUCAUCUAAGUUCCAAAAGAGGAAGAUCCUGCGCCUUUCCCAAGAUGUAAAGGGUUAUUCUUUUAUAAAAGACCUACAGUGGAUUCAAAUAUCUGAUUCCAAAGAAGCAUAUAGACUUUUAAAAUUAGGAAUAAAAAACCAGAGUGUUGCCUUCACAAAACUGAACAUUGCUUCCAGUAGAAGUCACAGCAUAUUUACUAUUAGAAUAUUACAAAUUGAGGAUUCUGAAAUACCUCGCGUACUUCGAGUCAGUGAAUUGUCUUUAUGUGAUCUUGCUGGUUCAGAACGAAGCCUGAAGACACAGAAUGAAGGUGAAAGGUUGAGAGAGACUGGGAACAUAAACACCUCUUUAUUGACUCUGGGAAAGUGUAUAAAUGUUUUGAAGAACAGUGAAAAGUCAAAGUUUCAACAGCAUGUGCCUUUCCAGGAAAGUAAGCUGACUCACUAUUUUCAAAGUUUUUUUAAUGGUAAAGGGAAAAUAUGUAUGAUUGUCAACAUCAGCCAGUGUUAUUUUGCCUAUGAUGAAACACUCAAUGUAUUGAAGUUUUCAGCCAUUGCACAAAAGGUUUGUGUCCCAGAUAAUUUAAAUUCUUCUCAAGAGAAAUCUUUUGGAUCAGUCAAAUCAUCUCAAGAUGUAUCAGACAGUAAUUUGAAUAAUAAAAUUUUAAAUGCAAAAAGAACAACAAUUUCAUGGGAAAAUAGUCUAGAAGAUUUAGUGGAAGAUGAAGAUUUGGUCGAGGACCUAGAAAAACCUGAAGAAAACCAAGAUAAUAACCAAAGUGUGGAAACUGAACUUAUUGAUGAAGAUCUAGAUAAAACAUUAGAGGAAGAUAAGACUUUCAUUAGCCAGGAGGAGAACAGAAAACUGUUGGAUUUAAUAGAAGACUUAAAAGCAAGACUAAUAAAUGAAAAGAAAGAAAAGUUAACACUGGAAUUUAAAAUUCGAGAAGAAGUUGCACAAGAGUUUACUCAGUAUUGGGCUCAGCGGGAAGCUGAUUUUAAGGAAACUCUUUUCCAGGAACGAGAAAUAUUAGAAGAAAAUGCUGAAUGUCGUUUGGCCAUCUUCAAAGAUUCGAUUGACAAAUGUGACACCCAAGAUGAACCAACAAAUGGAAUUUGUGCCACAGAAGUUGAAAAUGAAGAUACACAUUAUUAUGUAGGAUUCGAAGAUAUUAUUGGUUCCCUUCAACAUGAUGUCGCUGAUAUUAAGAAACAGGCUGAAAUUGCUCGCUCGUAUAUUGCAUCUCUUGCUGAUCCCCAGGAAGCUAUUGCUUGUUUGCAACUAAAGUUUAAUCAAGUUCAAACUGAAUUAGCUAAAACCGAAGAAGAAUUAAUCAAAACCAAAGAAGAGUUAAAAAAAAGAGAAAAUGAAUCAAAAUCGUUGGUUCAAGAGUUCCAGAUGUCUAAUAAGAAAACAAUUGUACAGGAUCAAAGAAUUAAAGAAUUGAUAGAAUUAAUAAAAACUAUCAGCAAUUUUCAGAACCUUAAGUCUUCAAUUGAAAACACAUUUAAAGACAUGGCUGGUAUAUCUUCUUUAAUAAACAGUAAAUCAACUUGUAAUGAAACAGCUGAAAUUCCUAAGGGCAGCAGAAACAAAACUAAUUUAGAAAGGAAGAGAGUAAAUGAAAAUGAACUUCAGCAAGAUGAACCACCAGCAAAGAAAGGAUCUGUGCUUGUUAACUCUUUUGUCACCAAAGAGCAAAAGCAAAGUGAAGAAAUACAAAAGACCGUUUCAGAAGAUGAGGACGAUAUUAGAGUUUUACAAGAAAAGAAUAGAGAGCUGAAAACACUUGUACUUAUCAUUGAGAGUAAACUUAAAAAUGAAAAGGAGGAGAAAGAAAAAUUAGAUGAACAAAUUGUUUGUUUGCAACAGCAACUUUCCUGUUCUGAAGAAAAGAGUUUAACUUUAAGUAGAGAGGUCCAACAAAUUCAGGCAAAUUAUGACAGCAUAAUUGCUGAACUAAGUGUGCAGAAAAAUAUAAAUCAAGAACGGGAAGAAAAGAUCAUGAAAUUGUCAGAGGAGAUGGAAGUUGCUACAAGAAACAUCACAAGCAAAGUUUCACAAAUAAAAUUAAUGCAAACAAAAAUAGAUGAACUAUGUUCACUUGAUUCAGUUUCUCAGAUCUCAAACAUAGAUUUACUCAAGCUCAAGACUCAGUCAAAUGGUCUAGAGGAAGAGAAUUUGCCAGACAUACAGUUAAACCUUUCAAGUAAUAAUUUUUUGGCAAGUAAGCAGGUUAAAGAAUAUCAUAUUCAAGAACUCAGUAGGGAGAGUUCUUUCUCCUCUAGUAUUGAAGCCAUUUGGGAAGCAUGUAAAGAAAUGGUGAAGGCCUCCAAAAAAAGUCAUAAGAUCCAGGAACUGCACCAACAAUUUGAAAAAUUCCAGGCAGAAAUAAAAGGUUAUAGGGAUGAAAAGUGUGUACUAAAAGUAAAGCACAGAGAGCUUGAGAAUCAAGAUGACCUACAAAAAGAAAGAGAAAAUCUUAUACAGCAGCUGAAAGAAGAACGGCAAGAGAAAAAUGCUAAUCUUAAUGUUCAAGGACAGCUUGUAGUUGAAGGAAAGAAAGCACUUUCAGAGCUGACACAAGAUGCUAUUUGUUAUAAGGCAAAAAUAAAGGAACUUGAAAGAACCUUAGAGACUCAGAAAGAAGAGUGUACUCAUUUAGCUAAGUUAGAGCAAGACAUUUUGGUAAAAGAAUCUGUCAUCUUAAAGCUAGAAGAAAAUCUGAAGGAAUUUCAAGCAAAUCUUAAUGAUUCUAUCAAAAACACCAAAGAUUUAAAUGAAAAGGAAGUUAAAUUGAAAGAAGAAAUCACACAGUUAACAAGUAAUUUACAGGAUCUGAAGCAUUUACUUCAAUUAAAGGAAGAGGAAAAAGAAGCCAACAGGCAAGAAACAGAAAAAUUGAAAGAGGAACUCUCUGCAAGCUCUGCUCUCACCCAAAAUCUGAAGGCAGAUCUUGGGAGAAAAGAAGAAGAUUAUGCUGAGCUGAAAGAGAAACUGACUGAUGCCAAAAAGCAGAUUGAGCAGGUACAGAAAGAGGUAUCUGUAAUGCGGGAUGAGGAAAAAUUACUGAGGACUAAAAUAAAUGAGCUAGAAAAAAAGAAAAACCAGUGUUCUCAUGAAAUAGAUAUGAAACAGCGAACAAUUCAGCAGCUCAAGGAGCAGUUAAGUAAUCAGACAGUGGAAGGAGCUGUACAGCAAUAUGAGAGAGUAUGCAAAGAUCUAAAUGUUAAAGAGAAAAUGAUUAAAGACAUGCGAAUGACACUUGAGGAACAAGAACAAACUCAAACAGAACAAGAUCAAGUGCUUGAGGCUAAAUUAGAGGAAGCAGAAUGGUUGACCACAGAAUUGAAAAAAUGGAAGGAAAAAUGCAAAGAUCUGGAAACCAAAAAUAAUUGUAAGUCAAAUAGAAAAUUUGAGGAUGACACAGACAUACUUCAUAGAAAGCUUAGUAAACUUCAAGACGAUUUGCAGGAAUGUGAACAGAAAUAUAAAGCUGAUAGAAAGAAAUGGUUAGAAGAAAAAAUGAUGCUUAUCACUCAAGCAAAAGAAGCUGAAAAUCUACGAAACAAAGAGAUGAAAAAAUAUGCUGAAGACAGAGAGCGUUGUUUCAAGCAACAAAAUGAAGUGGAAGUACUGACAGCGCAACUAGCAGAGAAAAAUAGUGACCUUCAGAAGUGGAGAGAAGAACGGGAUGAGUUGGUUGCUGCUUUAGAAAUACAGCUGAAAACACUGAUCUCUAGUAAUAUACAGAAAGAUAAUGAAAUUGAACAGUUGAAAAAGAGCACAUCAGAGGAUUCUAAAAUAGAAAAGCAAAGCAUAGUCAUCAAACCCAGAUAUAUUAGUUCAACAGAUCCUGCCAGAGUUGAAAAUGAACCUCAAUCAACAAGUCUUGAAAUUUCCAGGAGUGUAGUGGAGGAUGGAUCAGUGGUUCUUGAUUCUUGUGAAGUGUCAACAGAAAAUGAACAAAGUACUCGAUUUCCAAAACCUGAAUUAGAGAUUCAGUUUACACCUUUACAGCCAAACAAAAUGGCAGUGAAACAUGCUGGUUGUGCCACACCAGUGACAGUUAAGAUUUCUAAGGCUCGGAAGAGGAAGAGUAGUGAAAUGGAGGAGGACUUAGUGAAAUGUGAAAAUAAGAAGAAUGCUACACCCAGAGCAAAUUCUAAGUUUCCUAUUUCAGAGACUAGACAUUCUUCUGACAAAAAGGUUUCUGCACAUUCAUCAUCUAAGAAAACAUAUUCUUUACGGAGUCAGGCACCCACAAUUAGUGUAAACUUGGCUGCUAAGAAAAAAGAAGGGACGCUACAGAAAUUUGGAAACUUUUUACAAUAUUCUCCAACAAUUCUUCAAUCAAAAGCAAAGAAGAUAAUGGAAACAAUGAGCUCUUCAAAGCAUUCAAAGUUAGAAGUAAGUAAGGAAAAUGUAUCUCAACCAAAAAGAGCAAAAAGGAAAUUAUACACAAGUGAAAUUUCAUCUCCUAUUGAUAUAUCUGGCCAGGUGAUUUUAGUGGACCAGAAAGUGAAGGAAAGUGAUCACCAGAUUCUCAAACGACGACUUCGAUCACGAAUAGCCAAAUAAAUCAUCUUUGGAGAA